AUGACGUCAGUCCUAAGUAAGCAUAAUAUCAUGAGAUUACUCAUGAUGUUAGAUCAGGCCAUAACUGCUCUUAAGAAAGGGGCAUAUUUGGUCAAGUAUGGAAGAAGAGGAAAGCCUAAGUUUUGCCCCUUUCGGCUAACAAAUGAUGAGUCUGUUCUAAUAUGGUUCUCAGGGAAAGAGGAGAAACACCUUAAACUAAGUCAUGUGUCCAGAAUUGUCUCUGGGCAGCGCACUCCAAUCUUUCAAAGGUAUCCACGGCCUGAAAAAGAGUACCAGUCUUUUUCGUUAAUAUACAAUGACAGGUCACUGGAUUUGAUCUGUAAAGAUAAAGAUGAAGCUGAGGUAUGGUUUAGUGGUCUGAAGGCAUUAAUUUCACGUGGUCAUCAGAGAAAAUGGAGAACAGAAUCGAGGAGUGAUGGUAUUUCAUCUGACGCAAAUAGUCCCAGAACAUACACACAAAGAAGCUCUCCAUUAAAUUCUCCAUUUGGUAGCACUGAUAGCCUGCAGAAGGAUGGUGGUGAUCAGCUUCGUCUUCAUAGUCCUUAUGAAAGCCCCCCUAAAAAUGGUUUUGACAACACAUUGUCAGAUGUGAUAUUUUAUGCUGUGCCACCAAAGGGUUUCUUCCCAUCAGAUUCUGUUAGUGUUUCUGCCCACUCUUUAUCAUCAGGAGGUUCCGAUGGCUUACAUGGUCAAAUGAAGGCAAUGGGGAUGGAUGCUUUUAGAGUAAGCCUCUCAAGUGCUGUUAGCUCAUCAAGUCAAGGUUCCGGUCAUGAUGAUGGUGAUGCCUUGGGUGAUGUUUUCAUUUGGGGGGAAGGCACUGGGGAUGGGGUUGUGGGUGGUGGAGCUCAUAGAGUUGGGAGUUGUCUCAGUGUCAAAAUGGAUUCUUUGUUGCCCAAAGCUUUAGAAUCUACAAUAGUACAUGAUGUUCAGAAUAUAGCUUGUGGUGGACGACAUGCUGCCAUAGUGACCAAGCAAGGAGUGAUAUUCUCCUGGGGUGAGGAAUCGGGGGGCAGGCUUGGGCAUGGUAUAGAUUCUGAUGUUUUACAUCCUAAACUUGUAGAUGGACUCAGUAAUACAAACAUUGAGCUUGUAGCAUGUGGUGAGUACCACACUUGUGCUGUAACACUUUCUGGCGAUCUGUACACAUGGGGUGAUGGCCAUUUUGGCCUGCUUGGGCAUGGUAAUGAAGUGAGUCGAUGGAUUCCGAAGAGAGUACUUGGGCCAUUGGAAGGGAUACAUGUUUCAUCUAUCUCCUGUGGGACCUGGCAUACUGCAGUAGUGACCUCUGCAGGGCAACUCUUUACUUUUGGUGAUGGAACGUUUGGUGUUCUGGGUCAUGGAGAUCGCAGUAGUGCUUCAAAACCUAGGGAAGUGGAGUCCCUUAAGGGACUCCGCACUGUACGCGCAGCUUGUGGUGUAUGGCACACUGCUGCAGUUGUAGAAGUCAUGGUUGGAAAUUCAAGUUCCAGUAAUUGCUCAUCAGGAAAACUGUUUACAUGGGGGGAUGGGGAUAAAGGUCGACUCGGGCAUGCUGAAAAGGAAGCAAAACUUGUGCCUACCUGUGUUGCUGCUCUUGUCGAGCCCAACUUUUGCCAGGUUGCUUGCGGACAUAGCUUGACAGUUGCACUUACAACCUCAGGCCAUGUCUAUACAAUGGGCAGUCCUGUUUAUGGACAGUUGGGCAGCUCCCAAGCUGAUGGGAAGCUCCCCUCUCGUGUGGAAGGAAAGCUUGCAAAGAGUUUUGUGGAAGAGAUAGCUUGUGGUGCUUAUCAUGUUGCAGUUUUAACAUCUAGAACUGAAGUUUACACGUGGGGCAAGGGAGCAAAUGGUCGAUUAGGUCAUGGGGAUACCGAUGACAGAAAUUCUCCAUCUUUAGUAGAAGCUUUAAAAGAGAAGCAAGUCAAAAGUAUUGCUUGCGGUACGAAUUUUACUGUAGUUAUUUGCCUUCAUAAGUUGGUUUCAGGAAUUGAUCAGUCUAUGUGCUCUGGCUGCCGUCUGCCAUUUAAUUUUAAAAGAAAACGCCACAACUGUUAUAACUGUGGCCUUGUCUUUUGUCAUUCAUGCAGCAGCAAGAAGUGCCUGAGGGCUUCUAUGGCUCCAAAUCCCAAUAAACCUUAUCGUGUGUGUGAUAACUGUUUUGGUAAACUAAAGAAGUCAAGUGAUACUGACACUUCAUCUCAGUCUUCAGUUAGUAGAAGAGGAAUUACAAAUCAGGGAUUAAAUGAGCAAAUUGACAAAAACGGUAAGUUGGAUUUCAUAUCUCGUCCUCAUCUUGCCCAAUUUUCUUCUAUGAAAUCCCUGAAACAAGUGGAGAGCUGUUCUUCCAAGAGGAAUAAGAAGUUAGAAUUCAACAGUAGCCGGGUAUCACCUAUUCCGAAUGGAAGUUCUCAGUGGGGCGCUCUCAACACCUCAAAAUCUUUUAAUCCAGUGUUUGGAUCAUCCAAAAAAAAUUUCUCGGCUUCCGUUCCUGGAUCAAGAAUGGUUUCUCGAGCAACAUCACCAGUUUCAAGACGGCUCAGCCCAACUCGUUCCACUACACCAAUCCCAACUCUGGGUGGACUUACCUCACCAAAAUUUGUAGUGGAUGAUUCUAAAAGGACAAAUGAUAGCCUUAGCCAAGAAGUUAUCAAGUUAAGAGCACAGGUUGAAAAUCUUAGUCAUAAAACCCAACUUCAAGAGGUUGAGCUGGAUAGAAGUACUAAACAGCUAAAGGAGGCAAUAGCAAUUGCAGGGGAAGAGACAGCAAAAUGCAAAGCAGCGAAAGAAGUGAUCAAGUCACUUACUGCACAACUGAAGGACAUGGCUGAAUGGCUGCCUGUUGGCACAGCUCUAAACUUCAAAUUUCCUUCUUUCACUUCCUUUGCCGCUGAUGUUACAAAUGCUUCUAUUGACUGCGUGAAUGGUCAAAUAGCACGCCAAGAACCAGAUUCAAAUGAACCAAACAGGCAGUUCCUUUCUAAUGAGUCAAGCACUGCAAGUAACCACAGUUCAGGUUACAACAGACUAGCGCAUUCGGAUGCAACAACGAGAAGUGGGAGCAGAAUGAAAGAAGGUGAUUCUCAAAAUGACAAUGAAUGGGUUGAGCAAGAAGAGCCCGGUGUUUAUAUCACACUCACCUCCUUACCUGGAGGUGUCAAAGACCUUAAGCGUGUUCGCUUCAGUCGGAAACGGUUUAGCGAGAAACAAGCAGAACAAUGGUGGGCAGAGAAUCGGGCUAGAGUAUACGAGCAGUACAACGUGCGCAUGAUUGACAAGUCAAGUGCUGGUGUAGGAACCGAGGAUUUGGCGCGUUGACAUGGUGGGAGCAUGUAAUGCAAAUGCUCAAUUUUAUCUGUACCUCUCUGCUUCAACACAGGAAGGUCAUAUUGAUUUUAAUCUUAUUAACCGUUGGAAGUGAGGGCGGUGUCAGAGGAGAGAGAAGUAUAGGUUUGCUUGUUUCUUUUUUUUUUUUUUUCUUUUACUUUUCCUUUAAUUUUAGGACCUAAUUUUCUUCUUUAUUUUUUCCCCUAAAUAUGCCUUGUGUGGGGGGUUGAGGAUGAGAAAUGUAAAUUCCUAGUUGGUUUGCUUGUCCCUAUUGAAAGCAGUUGCCUUGUAAAUUCUGUAAAUGUAUCUUCAGAACUCUCUUUCUCUCUCUCUCUCUCUAGUUGUCACAGUAAGUUAUCAUGCUAAUGUUAUUAAUUCAACCCGUCACCGAAGUACCUUUUUGUUUUUUCUUUGGGGGUGGGGGGCACCAAAGUACUACUACCUUCUUUAUUUUUUAUUAGGUAACUUAUACUUAAAGGCACAGUGUAAUAUAAGUGGGAAGAAAUGAAUUUGGUGG